AGGAGAUACGCCCUAUAUUCCAGGGUCCUCAUUCUACUGGGUGCAAAACACGACUGAAAUCAAAUGAUUACUUCAAUCGUUUCCACGCAACCUUCCUUCCGUCCAGUUCUCCAACUCCUGCUGCUUUUACUUACCUAUACAACCCUCAAAACUUACCUAGUCAUAUCAAAUUGAAAUCUCUUGCUUCCUCCUCGUGUAACUGGGAAAGCGCACAACCACAUAUCGUCACUGCAGCACAAGUCAGAGAGAGAGUCAGAGAGGUGAGUAGGUACUUUCCACCAACAUGGAAGAAUUGGAACCAUGUCGAAAGGCCCUUCCAUGACCGACCGAGGUCCCUGGUCCCGCGCGGCAGGCUGAUUGACUCACGGUUCGCUUCAAGUCGUGGAACUCGAAAAACGAAAAAAAAAACCAACUGCAAUCUUCACCACGGCACGGGUGACAUCUACGGGACGCUGCUUCUUCAUCUACUCUGCUCGCACACGUCAUACUCGUCCUGCCACUUCAUAAAUUAUAUCAACAUACCCAGACCCAGGCCAUCUCUUGUCCAUCUUAUCUCUCUGCUCUACUCUAACCAUUCUUCACCGUAUCGUCUUAGCCACGCAGCCACCGGUCUUAACAUAUUUUUGUUUAUUGACUCUUCUUAAUUCGCUGACCUGGCAGCUUAUCCGGGCGUCAGUGUUGGCUGCAGAUGGCUUCCCCAUAUGAUCCCGUGGCCACGGAUCCACCACUUCUAGACAGAAACAGCGAGAUCAAAACAUACACCACGUCGAGGUUUACCUAUCCCGGCCUGCGUAUCUUCUAUCGGCGCCACCAACAGGCCGACCGUCUUCCAAAGUCACCGGCGCCGAUACCACUACUC